AUGGAUCUCCUGAUCAAUUUCCUCUUAACCUGCUGUGCGAUACUUCCUGGUAUAAUACAUGCGCUAUACGUGAUUUGCCAAGAGCCGGAGCCUGCCAUCGUUGUCACUACAAACGUGAACGUUGCACAGCCUAUGUUACCAAUGCAGCAGCCAGUACAGCCUCCUUCCGCCCCCGUUUACUAUACUCCAGUUGCCCCGCCGCCACCACCUGUCUACUACGCCGAUGUAGCUCAGAAGUAUUAG